UUGUAGAUGUAUGAUAGUAUAUAAGUAUUGUAGUCAUAAGAUAGAAUUAAGCAUACACAUGUAAACUAAGGUAGAAUUAAGAGAAAGAAUAAUAAAAGAGACAGUUGCGUGACGACCGUCGAACAAAGCAGAUGUUGGUUGUUUCUACUAAAAUUCAGAAGUGGGAUCAAGUAAAAAAAAAAAAAAUUAUUUUUUUUAAAGCCCGUGUGUAAUAAAAUAUAUAUAUAUAAAAUAUUUAUAUAAAACUGUGAAGAAUGGAUGGCAUAGCUGACGUUUUAUGUUUUGAUGAUCUAACGGUGGAGGAGCUAAAAAAUUGGCUGACAAAAUUGAAGUUGCAAGUAGGUGGAAACAAAACGCAGUUGAUUGCGCGUUUAGCAAAAGUGCCACAGCAUAUUCGCAGUGAGUGUGCGCCGAUGAGUAUAAAAAAAACAGUGACGCCAGAAUGUGAUGAAGCAGUUGAGCAGUCUGUUGUACAAAAUUGUGAAAUUAUGAGUAACGAGCGAAAUCAAAUUGUAAGGGAGGAAGUGAAUAACAAAGAAACGGAGGAAGCAAAAAUGCAAACAGAAACUACUAUUAGAGACGAAGAAAUAAAAAAAAUGCAACUUAUGCAAAAAGAAAUUGAGUUGCUUAAGAAAGAGCGUGAUCUGUUUGAAAAAGAGAAUGAAUUGACAAAGAAAAUGACUCAAUUACAAUUAAACACUUCGAGUUUAAGCGAAUGUGAACAUUCAGUACAAAGAAUAGAAGUACCGCUCAUAAUAUUAAAAGAAUUUUUACCGGAAUGCGAUGGUAACAAUUUUAAUGUUUGGGUUACGCAACUUGAAGCGUUAGAAAAAGCUUACGAAUUAGAAGACAGUGUAGUUCGAACACUUAUUAUAACGAAAGCAAAAGGUAGAGUACAAAAUUGGCUCCACUCUACACCAAAUGUUCUUACACAAAGCAGUAAAAUAUUGAUCGAACAAAUGAUUUCCGUAUUUGGCUCAAAAGAGAGUAUUGUUCAAUUGCGUCGCAAAUUUGAAACACGUUUGUGGUCCGAUGAUGAAAAAUUUGUUGAUUAUUACAACGAUAAAAUUGUUUUAUCAUUACUGAUAAAUAUGUCGGAAGAAGAGUUAGUUGAAUACAUUGUUGAUGGAAUACGUGAUCCACAAUUGCGUAUGCUUGCAAAGAUGCAGCAGUUCAAAUCAAAAGAAAAAUUGGUAGCAGCGUUUGGCGAUGUUAAUCAAAAUACUGCUAGGACAGUGUCGACGAAUGAAAGGCGAGUAAAGCAAGGCUUAAGAUGUUUUAACUGCAGUAAGACUGGGCAUGUUGCCGCUGAAUGUCGUCAACCGAAACGUCCAUUCGGAGCUUGCUAUGGAUGCGGUAGUUUGGAACACCGGGUUGCAGUCUGUCCCCGUAACAAAUUCAACGCCAACGAACAACAAAAUAAUUAUAAUGCCUAAUAGACUCUGGCAGCCCAAUUAGUUUUUUGAAAAAAUGUUGUGUACCGGAAGCGGUAAAGUUAAAUGAAAUUUCGAAUGU